AUGACAGUGAAAACAAUCUACAUUAUAAGACACGGGUACCGUUCAAACUGGCUUCCAGAAAACGAGCAACUCCCAAUACUAACAGGCGUGGAUUCAGAUCCUCAACUUGCACCACAUGGUGUUGAGCAGGCAAAGCAGCUUGCAGGAUUUAUUUCAAAAGAGCUUUCUCCUAAACCACAGCUGAUAUUCAGUAGUCCGAUGUACAGAUGCGUUCAGACAGUGAAUCCAACUGCGGAGGCACUGGGCCUUGAUAUUUUCAUUGAGUUUGGAAUUGGGGAGUGGUUCAAACGCAACAGAGGGCAAAUCCCCAAACCGUUGGAGGCCUCAAACAUGAAAAAGUACUUUUCACGCGUUUCUGAGUCCUGGAAUUCGCAUACUAUGACUCCUAGCCAAGAGGGAGAGACAGAGGAGGAGAUUUUCAACCGGUGUGCAGCGUUUUGGCCGAAGUUCAUUCCCAAAGUGGAGCAACAGUUCCCGAAUGCGGAAUGCAUACUGUUGUUAGGACACGCGGCAUCCAAAAUUACUUUGGGGAUGACUUUGAUGGGUUACAAGAACAACAGAGACUAUUUAAAGGAGGAGGACAAUGGGGAUGGCAAAACAACCAGGAUCCAGGCUGGUACUUGCUCUUUGGACCAGUACAAGUUGGACGAGAAUACGGGUAAAUGGCAUUUGAAGAUUAACGGGAAAACAAGCUACUUGCAAAAUGGAACUGAGAUGAACUGGGAUUACGGCACUUCGAAGUUUGUGGCGGGAUCCGACGAGGAUAUCGCAUACAGAAGAAAGCUUGCCGAGCAGGCCAAACGUGCAGAAAGUCUUGUGGAUGGAAUUCCGGCAGAAUCCGGGACAAACUAUAAAAACGGAGAAGGCCAAACUGGGAUUGAGAAGGAUGAAGAUGCUUUGAAUGAGCAUGUUGGGAUUGAGAAGAAUGAAGAUGCUUUGAAUGAGCAUGUUGGGAUUGAGAAGAAUGAAGAUGCUUUGAAUGAGCAUGUUGGUAUUGGGGGAGGGACUUCUCUGAAUACGGAAAAUUCGGAUAAAACAACCCAGGGGGAAGAAAAAGGAGAGGAAGAAGAGAAAGAAGAAGAGAAGGAUAACGGGAAAGAAGAGAAGGAUAAUGAGAAAGAAGAAGAGAAAGAAGAAAAAGAAGAAAAAGAAGAGGAAGAUGAUAAAGGAAAAGAGGAAGAAGAUGAGGAGUACAAAUCAGUGUAUGUGAGCUUUGCUUUUCCACCAAACGUGAACGAACUUGAACAAACAGCAGAAACAAACACCAAUGCACCAAAAACGGCAACUGCAAACGACACAAACGUGGAAUUAGAGGAUUUAAAGGCAAAUUUGCAGGAUAAUGAGGCAACUUCGCUAGAAAAGAUCCAGAUAUCGGGCUUGUCGAAGAAAAAGCCAUUGGUACAGAUGCACAAUAAUCUGUAUAUGGGAGAGUGGUCGAAACUGGUUGGAACAGAGCUGGUUUUCAACGAAAAUGGCAAGUUUGUGACCAAGGUUGAUUCACAUUUGGUACUUCGAAGUGGAAAGCUUGCUAAUUAUAAGAUGGAGAAGGAAUCACUUAUGAAACGUGCACUUGAACUUGCGAAAAAGGUCAAGGAUAAGGGUGAUAAAGGAGAAAUUGAUGGUAAAGGAGAAACUGAGGAUAAAGGAGAAACUGAUGUUAAAGGACAAGCGAAUGUCAAAGGAGAUAAUGGAGCGGCAACAAAUGAGAAUGGUUCAAAGGCCGAGACAGUGCCGAAAGAUGCUAAAGGUGAAGAUGAGGAAGGUGAUGUCAACAUGGAAGACUAG